UCCGUGUUUGACAUGACAAAUAAAGUUUGACAUGCAAUCUAUAUAUAAACUAGGCCAAUAAUUAGCCUCGGAAAAACAGGCUUCUCAAAGUUAACGAGACAGGAUUUUGGAAGGCUGGCCACAUGAGACUAGCUAAUAAUUAACAGGUGUUAAUAAAUAACUUUGAAUCCACCCCUUUGUAAAUAAGUGUACAAUACCCUUUACCAUUACCCUUUUAUAUGACCCCUUUACUUUUUAUAUUUAAGUCGACAUUACCAUUAUAUACACAUUACCCUUUUAUAUUACCCUUUUAUAUUACCCUUACAUUACUCUUUUAAAUGUUAUUAACUCUGAAAAAUAAUGGCCAAAACUUAGUUAACUGGGCCCUAGGUUGGUAAAUACAAAAUAAAAUACCUGUUUUUUUAACAGUGGCUACAUUCUCAGAAAAGCAGUAUUACAUAACAAGAUCAAGCAAGAGCUUAAUUAUUAUCCGCUUGAAUAAGCUUCACUGAAGAAUUCAGCUGUGAAUCCUCUUGUAUGAGCAAAAACUACAACUGUUUGGCUUGUGGGAUACAGAUGAAAGAUGGCAAGCCACAAUGGAAGCAUAAACUCAUGCCUUCUCAUAUCUUUUAUUGGUUGCUUCUUGGAGAAUCUGCGAUGGUGGGAAAAUUCUGGUAUUUCCCUUAGAAGGGAGUCACUGGGUGAACAUGGACAUUCUGAUCAAGGCUCUUCACUCUCAGGGACACACCGUCACAGUGGUACGAACAACUAAAAGUUGGUAUAUUAAAGAAGAGUCUCUUCAAUACAGUUCUAUUACAAUACCUGUCACUGAUGGUGUGGAAUUUGAGGAAUUUGUAAAGCCAAUCAUAAAGAAAGUCAUUGAUAUAGAGAGAGGAACGAGCUCUGUAUUAAACUUUAUACAUUUGCAAAUUGAGAUGUUCUCUGCAAUGUCUAAGGUUCAUGGACUGGAAUGUGACUUCGCAACUGCUGUAUUGAAAGACAAGGAUUUAAUGAAGACCCUAAAGGAGAGCCAGUAUGACCUGGUGCUUACUGACCCAGCAUGGGGGACUGGUAUUUUGGUGGCUCACUAUCUUCAGCUACCUCUAGUCUACAAUGUACGGUGGGUAACCAGUGGAGAGGGACAUUUAGCCAUUGCGCCAUCCCCCAUGUCUUAUAUACCGAUGACUGGAUCAGGGCUCUCACACUAUAUGACUUUCACAGAGAGAGUAAAGAAUAUGCUUUUCUAUUUGCUAUUUACUGUUCAGGAUAGAUUGACUCUCCGGCCACAUUACUAGGCUGUUUGUAAUGAGAUUUUCCAACCAGGUGUGGACUUCUAUGAGUUAUUACAGGGGGCUGAUCUAUGGCUCAUGAGAGUUGACUUUGUGUUUGAAUUCCCUCGUCCCACCAUGCCUAAUGUUAUCUAUAUGGGAGGGUUCCAAUGUAAACCUGCCAAGCCUCUUCCCCAAGAACUGGAGGAGUUUGUUCAGAGUUCUGGGGAGCAUGGAGUCAUUAUCAUGUCUUUGGGGACUUUAGUUGGACAGCUUCCACAUGAUAUAGCUGAUGUGAUUGCUGCUGCUUUUGCCCAACUGCCUCAGAAGGUCAUCUGGAGGUACAAAGGAGACAGGCCAGCUACUCUGGGCAACAACACCUUACUAGUUGACUGGAUGCCUCAGAAUGAUCUGUUAGGACACCCGAAGACAAAGCUGUUUGUAGCUCACGGAGGAACAAAUGGACUUCAUGAGGCUAUUUACCAUGGAAUUCCUGUUGUGGGUCUACCUCUGUUUUCUGAUCAAUAUGACAACCUCCUUUGUCUGAAAGAGAGAAGAGGAGCAAAGCUUUUAUCUUUGGCAACAGUAGACAAGAACAAUAACUUCCUAGAGGCCUUACAGGAAGUUCUGGAUGAGCCGUCCUACAGGAUGAACAUGCAGAGACUCUCCAGGCUACACAGGGACGUGCCAAUGGAGCCCCUGGACACUGCCCUCUUCUGGAUUGAGUUUGUCAUGAGACACAAAGGUGCUGCUCACCUGCGUACAGAGUCCUACAGAAUGCCCUGGUACUCCUACCACUCUGUGGAUGUUGUCCUGAUAUUGUUGGCUGUUGUGUCAGUGCUUCUUCUUCUUCUUGUUGCAAUAGUCCGAUAUUUAUGCGUUGGAAAAUGCUUGAAAAUAAAGAUUAAAAGUGAAUGAGCAUAUCCAAUUCUCCACAUUCUGGUGCACACAAAUAAUAGGAUAUGUAUAAAAUAAAGCUGCAAUAUGUAACUUGUUGGGUGACCCGACAAAAUUCACAUAGAUAUGUGAGUUAUAGAUCUGUCAUUCUUAUUGAAAGCAAGUCUAAGAAGCGGUAGAUCUGUUCUUUGUGCGCUAUU